UUCACUCUAUUCUUUCUCUGCUUUGUGCCUGACACCAUGAGACUGCCCCUGCUGUGUGUUUGCGGAGUCCUGGUGAUAAACCUCACACAGAGCUCUGUGGCUGUGAGCAGCAGCACCUCCAAGGUUGGAGACAAGGAGCUGGGUGGUGAUAGAGAGGUUACCGGUGGUGGUUGCCCGGUGAAGUUAAGACCGGCUGGGCAGUGCAGUGAUGAGGAUGAGUGCCCAUAUCAAAUCACUCUGCCUCCACUCACCAUCCAGCUGCCUAAACAAUUUCGGCUGCUGGAGAAGACCGUCAAAGAGCUGCAGAGUCUGAAAGAGACGGUCAACCGCCUUAAAAACACCUGCUUAGAAGGCAAGAAGUACCAGGCAGACCAAAACCUGCAAAGGGACAGCAGUGAGCCACCUCUACAGGACCAACCUGCAGCGAUCAGUGCAGGUCAGGACAUCUCCAACAUCUCCACCACCUUCAGCAACAGUCUGGUGAAAGAGAUGCAGAUAAAGAUGAACCGUAUGUCAACGAGCUUGAGGAAUGCGAGAAACCAGAUCAACGGUUUGCAGGGUCAGCUGGAAGGAAUCAAGAUCCUCAACCUGAAAAAUGUGGAGGCUAUUGUUGACAACAAAGUGGAGAACAUCAGCAAUGUGGUCAGUCGUCUCAGCAGCACCUGCUCUAGCCAGUGCCCUGCCCGCAACUCACCACAACACAUCUUAGCUCCUCGUGACUGCUCUGACUAUGGUAUUCUUGACGUACGCAAGAAUGGCGUUUACAAGGUCACACCCGAUCCCAGGAACAGCAGUUUUGAGGUCUUCUGUGAUAUGGAGUCCUAUGGUGGGGGCUGGACGGUGGUGCAGCAGCGACUCCACGGCAAUGUGAGCUUCAACCGCAUGUGGAACGACUACAAAAAGGGUUUUGGUGACCUGCAUGGUGAGUUCUGGCUGGGCAAUGACAACAUCCACCUGCUCACCAAAGCCAAGGACAUGAUACUGCGCGUGGAGCUGGAGGAUUUUGAGGGCGUGCGAGGAUAUGCAAAGUAUGAUCAGUUCUACAUUGCCAACGAGUUCCUCCGUUAUCGCUUGUCUAUCAGUGGCUACUCAGGUACAGCUGGUGACGCGCUGCACUUCAGCAAGCACUUCAAUCACGACCAGUGCUUCUUUACCACGCCUGACAGGGACAACGACCGUUACCCUUCAGGCAACUGCGGUGCCUACUACAGCUCCGGCUGGUGGUUUGACGCCUGUAUGUCUGCCAACCUCAAUGGCAAGUACUACCACAAACGCUACAAAGGUGUGCGCAAUGGCAUCUUCUGGGGCACGUGGCACAAUAUGUCCUCUGAGUAUUACCCCACCAAUUACAGGCAAGCUUUUAAGACAGUCAAAAUGAUGAUCAGGCCAAAGAAUUACGUGCCAUAAAUCAGCAGGCGGAACGAAAGACAACGUGAUGUGAAAAGAACACUUACAUUCCAAAGCUUUCCACACCUUGUGGUACUAUUCACAAUUUCAAAGCUUAAGACUAAUUCUUAUAUGUUACAGUAACAGAUGGCCAAGGACUCUGAUGAAGCACCCUCUGAUGAGAAAGUAUGUGAUAUCGAGUGUGCUAUCUAUGUCUAAAAAUAAAAGUGUACACGCUGUAGCAAACACUCUAACACAUGGGUCCUGCAUAAAGAGCAGUGGUAAACAUCUAAAAAUCUAAAACCAAAGUAAUACACAUAUAACAUUACAAUAGGGACAUGUGUCUAACAUAAAGAACAGUGGAAUACAGCUAAUAUCGUUCUUUUAUAUGCCUUCUUUAGAAAUAAGAGAUCGUUUAAAGGCUAAUUUCUGUAUCUUUUUUUUUUUAUGUCAUACUGCCAUCUUGCUUUCCAGUGUCUCCAAUACAACAUUACAACCAGCAGGGCUUGGUAGAGAAUCAAACGUGAUAAAGUCAAGACAGAAAUGUACAGUAUUUAUUAUUGAAAGUGUGAUAUCAGAAUCAGUAUUACAUAAAAUAGUUACAGGAGUAAUUGUGUGACUAUUUUGAAGAAUGAACCAAUAACAUAAGGAUGAGCUGCAUUAUGACGUGAUAUCUGUGUUUUGUCUGAGAAUGAGAGUCUGGGUUUAAUACUGUUUUUAUCUUCAAAAAAUACUUUCUGUACAGUAAAUCAGAGAACUGCUAUUUUCUGAAAUGGUUUAUUUUUUGUUCCUGAGUCUGUU